AUGAACAAUAAUAAAAAUCUUACAAGUCAAAUUUUACCUGAAGUCGAAAUUAGUAUUAACUUGAAUGGAAUAACAAUCUCAAGUGCACGUCUAACUCCUUCUCGUUUCGUACCGUAUGAUAUAUGUGGCAAAUGUCGUGAAUGUAAAAGUACGGAAGUUGAAGUGGAUUUUAUUGUCACCAAAGAUGGUGUUACUAUAUUUUGCACACGUAUAUCAGGAACUCGUUAUGUACCUUUUGAUUCAACUUAUGACUUACCAGGAAUAUGUUUCUUUCGGAUUAAGAACAAAGGCCGUGUAUUCAAUAUCCCAUAUGGCUCUGUAAAACCACAAACACCACUUCCAACUCAACAACCGAUACAACCAGAAACACUAAACAACCCGGCUACAAUAUCAGAAAAUCAGAAAAAACCAAAGCAACAAAAAUUUACAAAACAUACAAUUGAAAAUAUUCUCAAAGACAAAAGUAAAGAAAAUAAUGAAAAUAUUUUGCUUAAUGAAUUUUUUGAUAGUCUCGAUGCAGCAACAACUGGAAUUCCAUCACAAAUUGAUAAGAUGAAUGAUUUGAAGAAACAGGCUACAAAGAUGGAAGAAGAAGAGAUGGCGGCUAUCGAAGCAUUAUAUAACAUACCUCGCUAA